AUGGGAUGCGGAUGUUCGCUCGGAGCGGAGACUUUGGUUCCCACUGAGGGCCUGUUCUUCCAGAACUUCAAGCUCGGCAAGAAGUUGGGCGAGGGGGCUUUCGGACAGGUCCGCCUGACCACCAGGAUCAGCACUGGUGCGACCUAUGCCGUGAAAAUCAUGGACGUCCGUCGCUCUGGAGAUGACAAGUCUCUGGACGUGCACAUCCUCAGGGAAGCGCGCAGCGAAUCGCAGCUCCUGGGGGAAGUCUCAGGCCACCCACAUGUGGUGGCUUUGUAUGAGACAUACUUGGAGACACCGGGCUUGUUCUACAUGAUCAUGCAGAGGUGCUUUGGGUCUUUGAUGGAUAGUCUUUGUGACAUGCCGAAGCUCGCCGAGUGUAAGCUCAGGCGAAUGUUCCGACAGAUGCUGUCGGGCAUCGGCGCUUGUCACGAUGCCAGGAUAGUCCACAGAGACAUCAAAUUGGACAACUUCUUGUACGGCGGCGAGGACCAAGAGACCAUCAAGUUGUCCGACUUCGGACUUGCUGCCAAAAUCCCUUCGUCUGGCUACCUCAAGGGUGUGUCAGGCACGGCGCCUUACAUGUCACCGGAGAUGCUGGCAAAGAAGUCGUACAGCACGCAAACCGAUGUUUGGUCCUUUGCCUCUACGGUGUAUGUCAUUUUGUACGGUGAUGUGCCGUACUCACCAUCGCAGCCUUCGCCUGCAGCUGUGAAGAAGGCCAUCGCGACUGCGCAUCCUCCACCUCGAUGGAUGCGAAGCGCAAAGCUGGCCAAGCGGUACGACCAGCCGUGCUCAGGCGCAGAGAAUUUCUGCCGCUUUUUGCUGGUGCGAGAGCCUUCACAGCGGCCAACUGUCCACGCGGCGCUGAUGCACAGCUUCGUGGAGGAUUGCAUUCCCGAGAAGGUGCGGGAGGAGUCGCCCGUCCUCAUUGAGACAGCUGGGGAGCAGGUGCGGACAAUUGCGGAGAUGUUCAAGCUGGAGAAGCCUCGCAUCAUCAGCCGAAGACUGGAUGAGGUUUUGGCACGACUGGAGAACGCCGGGCCGCCGUUGCCACAUGGGGACAUUUCCGAGGUUGCAGGAGGGCACUGUUUCUCCGAAGAGCUUCCGCAGUACUCCUCUGGCGAGGGCGAGGACAAGAUUACCUUCGCGACAUCUCUGCGCCGCAAGGGCUCCGAGAAGCGCAUUGUUGUCCAUCAACGAUGUCACAGUGCCGAGAUGGGAUUCGGGAGGGGCGAUCGGCGGGCACACACGCAUUCGGGCGUCACAGAAGAGAAUUGGGAGGACUUGCUGCCGCAUAUCUUGCCUGGUGCUCCGGAAGAGAGGUCUCCGCGGCACCAGACGCUGAAGUGA